AUGCGCACCACCUUCCUUGUGGCCGCCUUUUACCCUGGCGUCUAGGCUCCUUUCCUCAGGCCCGCCCCGCCCAGGCGGCUGUCCGGGACCUGCCUGGGCGCGGGGAACGGAAAGUCAGAAGGGGCAAGACGAGUUCAGUUCGCCAUGGGGCUGUUUGGGAAAACCCAGGAGAAGCCGCCCAAAGAACUGGUCAAUGAAUGGUCAUUGAAGAUAAGAAAGGAAAUGAGAGUUGUUGACAGGCAAAUACGAGACAUACAAAGAGAGGAAGAAAAAGUAAAACGGUCAGUGAAAGAUGCUGCCAAGAAGGGCCAGAAGGAUGUCUGUGUAGUUCUGGCCAAGGAGAUGAUCAGGUCAAGGAAGGCUGUGAGCAAGCUCUAUGCUUCGAAAGCUCACAUGAACUCCGUGCUCAUGGGGAUGAAGAACCAGCUGGCGGUUUUGCGAGUGGCCGGUUCCCUGCAGAAGAGCACAGAAGUGAUGAAGGCCAUGCAAAGCCUUGUGAAGAUCCCAGAAAUCCAGGCCACCAUGAGAGAGCUCUCCAAAGAGAUGAUGAAGGCUGGCAUCAUAGAAGAAAUGUUAGAAGAUACUUUUGAAAGCAUGGAUGAUCAGGAAGACAUGGAAGAAGCAGCAGAAAUGGAAAUCGACAAAAUUCUGUUUGAAAUCACAGCAGGGGCCUUGGGCAAAGCACCUAGUAAAGUGACGGAUGCCCUUCCAGAGCCUGAACCUUCAGGAGCGAUGGCUGCAUCAGAGGAUGAGGAGGAAGAAGAGGCCCUGGAGGCCAUGCAGUCCCGUUUGGCCACACUCCGAAGCUAAUGGCUGCCUAGCUGGGCCCUCGGGCUCAUUCAUGGCCCACCAACCCGCAGUGGGCACACUCCUCUGAAGCAGUCACCAUGUUAUGUAUCUCUUGCACUACACCUCUGAAUGAGGCACUUUUUUUCUGAGAAGGUUCUCUGCUACUAUCUCUUCACUUUGCAGAGGUUUUGGGAUCCCAACAGGAUUAUCCUUCAGAGGUGGGGUUAUAAAUGCAUCAUUUCAUGCAUAUAAAUAGAAGUAUCUUUUGGCGGUGGGGGGGAGGGCAAAGGAAUCUGUCUUCUUACGAUGCAUCCUUUUCAGGAGUAUAAACAGGUAUCUUCUGUACAGAAGGGCAAAGGAAUCUGUCUUCUCCCAAAGCACUUCUGAGGAUAGAGUUGGCCUGAAUGUUGAGGACUCUCCAUUUUUUUUUUUUUUUUGGUCUCUAAAACACUAUAUAAAAUGAAUUUUAAUAAAUUUCUGCUUUAACACUUGGUCUCAUUGUA